AUGACGGCCAUCGUUGGCCGCUUGCAGUACACGACGAUGAGUCGCCUUCAGAUCAUCGGCUUCGCCGACCUGACCGAGAUACUGGCAGGCAUGUUCAGCGAUCUGGAGAUAUUUUCGCUGACCAUCAGCUCCUCUAGCCGACCGACGAUGAAUGCGCAGUCGUUCGCGGGUAUACGCGGCCUGAUAGAGCUGAUCCUGACGUCGCUUGGGAUGACCGAGCAGCCGUCGGUGAUCUUCCCCUCUGUCAGCCAUGUCGAAUUCCUGGAUCUCAGCUACAAUCGCUUCACAACGUUGCCUGAAAGAAUAUUCUCCUCCUUCAGGCAACUACUUAGGCUCUUUCUACAAUUCGGCGCACUCACUACCAUUGCACCCAACGCGCUGGGAGGUCUGUCAACACUAGAGUACUUGGACUUGUCGCAUAACAAAAGCGGGUUCAUCAAACCGGGGCUCUUUGCCGAAAUGGGACAACUCUACACGAUGAUGCUGAAAUACAAUAACCUGCACGCGCUCGAAGCGGGCACCUUCUCCGGUUUGAGAAAAGUCCGCUCUGUCGAUCUAAGAUAUAAUAACAUCAGCCGCAUCGAUGCUGGGGCCUUCGAAAACACAGACGUCAUAACUUUCUUGGGACUAUUUAAGAACAAUCUAAAUAACAUUGUAGCCGGAGCAUUCGCGGGAUUAAACAAGCUAGAGGUGUAG